GCUGGGAUAGUGGUGUGCUAGUUUCUGUUUCGUUGGAUAGUUUCCGGUUGGGCUGUAUAGAUCGUAUUUAUUUCGUAUAACUCGCUUGUUUGUGUUUUGUUUUAAGGUCAGCCAAAGCAAGAUGCAACUCCUUCCCAGUUAAUGCAGGGGGCCCCUGAAGUUUUUUUUUUAGUCUGCAAAUCAUCAUUAUUCAGGUUAAUAUUAUUCUGUGGUCCAUGUAAAUGCCAGCACAUCAGGCCUCAAUAAAUCACUCAAAAUGAGCCAGUGGGAGAGCCUUCAGCAGUUAGAUCCGGUGCAUCUGCUUCAGGUGGAUGAAUUGUACAGUAAGAACCAAUUCCCAAUGGAGGUGCGGCACUACCUGGCACACUGGAUAGAAAAUCAAAGCUGGGAUAAAGCAAUAGAAAACGAGUCUGUGGCUACAGUUUUGUUUCAAAACUUCUUGGAAAACCUGGACAUCCAGUACAGUCGCUUUGCCAAUGAUAAAGACACUUUUGUACAGCAGCACAACCUUAGAAAAUUCAAGCACAACUUACAGGCGGAUUAUCAAGAUGCACCAACAAGACUUGCCUUUUUAGUGACUAAGUUACUGAGGGAUGAAAAGAAGAUAUUGACUUCUGUCCUAAACGCUCAACAGUGUCAGAUGUUACUGCCACAGGUGACCUCCUUCAAGACUGUCAGACAGCAGGACAUUGAAAAGCUGAUUGAAAAGCUAAAAGUGUUUGUACAGGAGGUGGAUCUUGAUGUCAGGUUUCUAGAAGAGCAUCAGGAUGAGUUUGAUUUUAGAUAUAAAACCCAAAGAUGUCAAGAGAACAGCGUGCAGCAAAAUGAACAAAAGAUUUUGCAGUGUAUGCUGAACGAUCUUGAUAAAAAUAGAAAGAAUGUUCUGGUUAAAUUCAAUGAACUGAUGCAAAAAUCUGAGAUUUUAUUGAAUCUCCUUGUUUGUGAAGAACUCUCGGAAUGGAAAGUUCGCCAGCAGAAGGCCUGCAUUGGAGCUCCAUUGGAUACAAAUCUGACUGAGAUGGAAAACUGGUUUACAGCAUUUGCAGAAUCCUUAUUCCUCAUAAAGCGUCUACUGAAGAAAUUAAGUGAACUUUGCAUGAAGGUCACAUAUGGAAAAGAUCCUUUCAAAUCCCAACAGCCUCUGCUGGAAGGAAAAACUGAAGAGCUACUGUCGAUGCUACUCAAAAGUGCAUUUGUGGUGGAGCAUCAACCUUCUAUGGCCAAAAGACCAUUGGUGCUGAGGACCAGUUUACAGUUUUCUGUCAGAGUCAGGUUGUUGGUGAGACUUCCAGAUCAAAACAUUUUCAUGAAGGUGGUUGUGGCCAUUGACAAGAAUCCUCCAAAAGGAAAGGGGUAUCGGAAGUUUAACAUUCUCGGAACUGCCAGCAAGGCCCUUGCUGUGGAUGAAUUCAGAAACGAAGGUUUGAUAGCUGAUUUUAAACAUCUGACUUUGAGGGAACAAAAAGCAGGGACUGGAGGAAAAGGAAAUAAUGAUGUAUCAUUGAUAGUGACAGAAGAACUUCAUAUCUUCAGCUUUGAUGCAGUUCUUGAAUAUCAGGGUCUCUCUAUCAAUUUAGAGACAUCAUCUUUGCCAGUGGUUAUUAUAUCAAACGUAAGUCAGUUGUCCAGUGCGUGGGGCUCCAUUUUAUGGUACAACAUGAUGUGUACAGAUUUAAAGGAUGUUACAUUCUUUUCCAAUCCUCCUGCAGCGCCUUGGAAACAACUUGCUGAUGUGCUCAGCUGGCAGUUCUUAUCCUCCGCUCAGCAGGAGUUAAAUGAGGAUCAGCUGUCCAUGUUGGCCGAGAAGCUUUUUGGAGCUAUGGAAAACUAUGCAGACAGUUCACUUAGCUGGACAAAGUUUAUAAAGGAAAAUAUGCCAAGUAGGGGCUUUUCUUUCUGGACUUGGAUUGAUGGAAUUCUGACAUUAAUCAAGAAUUACAUUGAGGAUAUCUGGAAGGCAGGAUAUAUUAUUGGCUUUGUGAGUAAAGAAAAAGAAAAAGCAAUGCUGAAAGACAAGAUGAUGGGGACUUUUUUGCUGCGUUUCAGUGAAAGUAGUAAAGAUGGUGGCAUUACAUUUUCAUGGGUGGAACAUUUGCCUAAUGGUAAAUCCCUUGUUCGUUCUGUGCAGCCAUAUACCAAAAAUGAUCUACAGUGUAUUAGAUUGGUGGAAAUUCUCAGAAAUUACCAGCUUCUUGCAGAGGAAAACAUUCCUGAAAACCCUCUGAAAUAUCUUUAUCCUAAUAUCCCAAAGGAUGAAGCAUUUGGGAAAUUCUAUGAAGACAAAGAUGAUGGUUCUGCAGCAGUUAAAAAGUAUUUGAAGACUAGACUGAUAAUGGUGUCAGAAAGAUGCCCUUCUGAAUCUUCUGAGCCAGUUGAGCUCCCUGACGAUUUAAUGGAGUUUGGUGAUGAACUGCUUGGAUGUGACCCAGUAAUGACAGAAAGUGAGAGUAUAAUGGAGAUUACAGAGCUGAUGUCGUCACUGCCACAUGGUUUGAGCUCGUCUACUGGAGAAUCUUUUGGUUUGUUGUUUCCAGAUGACAUUGUAACUGAUUUCUAAUCCUCAGAUGAGUCUUUCACAUUUUAGUAAUGAAACAUUUUGUAUUUUGCAUGGUGAUAUCAUCAUGCAGGAGCUUUUUUUAAUCACUACACUCAUGAUGGGGAUAUACAGUUUCUGUCAGUUGUCUGGCUAAAUGACUUUUAGGUCUUUGACCACUGGUAUCGUCUAAUCAUGCAGAUGUUGGAUAUACAAGCCUCUCGAUCGGACUUCAACGUAGGUUAUUAUCUGAUAUGUUCUCAGUUCUUUGCUACAGUACUGAUACAGUUUUGCUGCUUCAGCAUUAUAUCUGCAUUGCUAAACAAUUCAAGAAACACAGAUGAGCAAUGCUGAGAACUUCACAUAAAUUAAGAACAGGUUAAGCUGCUGAAUUUUCAUGUAAUCUCUGUACAAUUUACAAUAGUAGAAUAAUUGGAACAAAGUAUCACUACUACUUUUUUCAGUUUAUAUGGUAUUCCCUUCAUUAGUACUUCAUCUUCAGUUGAUAUAUUUGUUUAGGGAAAUUAAGACGCUUGAUUUCAUAAAACUGAAGCAUUUUAAAGAUGUCACUGUAUAAUAAUAAUUUAACUCUUA